AUGACAAGUAGCAGCGUGAAAGCUGGACCGCUAUCUGAGAUUUCGUCAGGAAUGGAUCAAUAUCAGUCGAACUCUCUUCAAAGAAAAAAGAGACGUUUGCAUGCUGACCAACGUGCGCAACUCAUCUAUCAAAAAAUUGCAACGGAACGGAAAGCUGAAAAAGAAAAACGUCGAUUGGAAAGAGAAAAGGGGCAAAAAGUUUUGGAAGAAUAUACCUCAAUUAAACGAAGGAUGAAUAAGGCAUUGUCAAAAAGGAACAGACGAGGACAACCAAACCUCAACGCUCAAAUAGAAGUUUUGUUAAAGAAGAUUGAAAAACGAAUGGAAAAGUCAUAA